AUGAAGGACGACUUCGAGGACUACAAGCACUACGUGAACGACGCUUCGCCCAUGACGCUCCCAUGGAAGAGGACCGACAGCAUGUUCGUAGUGGAGAGUACGGGCGAGGCCGAGUGUUUCUACUAUGAUAUCCUUGAAGACAUGUGUAUACCCAUCUACGCUUCACAAUCGGAACAUCCCGUGGCCGAGGAAGACUUUGCCAAAUGGUGGGAUCUCAUCGAGCCCGCAGAUCACAAGGAGAUCAGUUCCUACGUGCAGCACGAUUGCUUUCGCCCUCGUCUGAAGACAGACUGUGCGACGGACAAUUUCAUUGAUUCCGUAUGGCUCAUGGAGAAGAAGUUUGGUAAGAUCACGAGGAAGAAGAUGCCAUUCACUCAUCUGGGAUGUGAAUACACUCGCACAUCCAACGGCUGCAUCUUCAUCAAUCAAGACGCGUACCUGGACACGAUCAAGGUGGGAACUUUCCCGAAGUUGAUGCAGUACAUGACGACAGGUAUUAUCGAUUUGACCAGGACUACUUCCACUGGCACCACUACGAACAUCAAGAAGCAGAAUGAGAAGCCGAUCACAAUCAGGAACAGCAGCGUGAAGAUGAACUUCCAGGAGAUCGACUUAGUCGAGUUAUCUGAGGGAGGGAUCUGCCCCUCGGGUUCUGCCAUCCUGGACUCCAUCUACAAGUGGAUCAACGAGCGCGACGAGGCCUGGGGCGAAGUUCUGCCCCUGUGGAACCCCGUGAUCUCGGAGCUGAUGGCGCCGGCCAACCUCUCCGCCUACUUCGCGGAGUUCCCGGAGAUCGAGAGCGUCCUCAUCCAGCUGAUGGCGAGCUACGUGACCCAGGCACUCGUCGGCAGCAUCCAGGGCGACGAGGGCUUGAGGGCGCUCGCCAUGAUGUCCAACGCGCCGGGCCGGCGGAAACGACGACGACGCCGUCGACAACGAGCCGCUAAGAACAACAACGGCAUCAACAUACAUUCUCGGAGCUCAGCGCGAAUUUCUUGGGUCGGCGCUGGGCCCCCCUGGCGGCGCCUCCGGCGCCGCCCCUGACGCGCUCCGCGUGCCAGGGAGGGGGGUUCAGCGCAGAUCCAAGAAAUCCGCGCGGACCGUCCAAAGUUGGUGUCUAUGCCGUUGUUGGUCCCUCUAUAGAAGUGGCAGCGAGCGGCAAGUUGUUACAAGCGAUCAGAGAAUCAAUAGAUGCCGAUGCCGCUGCUCGCCCUGGAGAGCCCUCGUCGCCACGGCCAGGGUCUCCUCGAAUUCCUGGUCAGCAUGCGCCCUGGAAGAGGUCCGGGGGGAAUCGGGGUAUUGGUACCCUUUUGCCCCCCAAACGAGUUGCUAAUACGACGUCGGCACUGCCGAGUUCCCAGCAGAAGAUGUCGUACUGUGCGUUGACCAUUCGGGUGCCCAGCAUGAGAGAACUCGAGACCUUCCGGCACACCGAGACACGUGUUUGCGGCCAGAGCCGUGGCUCGUGCAUGGCAACUCUCCAAAGAGGGCGUGGGACAGCAAGAACCCUUAAGCCCAGUAACACGAUGAAGACGUGGCCUCAUUGAAGUCCCCGUCUGCGCACUAGGGAUAACAGACAUCUGCAGAAAAGGCCUCCUCAUCCCUAGUUUUUGGGGGCCCUCCUGGCUUAGGUCCCCUCCCAAAGGGUUUUUUGGGGUACGUUUGCUGCCUAGCAUGAGGCAGGCAGGGAUAGAGACGGGGGGCGGGGGGGGGGGCUCUCGGGCCUGGGGGCGCCCUGCCAUUGGACAGGGCCCGCAGGCAUGUCCCGAUCUAGACGUAAGGCCGAGGCCCUCUAAGAAGCAGGGUGCUUUUAAGAAGCCUUCCCCCCCCCUCCCCCUACCCCCUGGCACGGGGAGGA